GGAGGGAGAGGAGGAAGGGAGGAAGCGCAACCGAGCCUCGUGGAUUGACCCGCCCGAGGAGGAUUACUCCACGCAGCUGACCCAGGCCGAGGUGGAGAGCUGCAUGAAGAAGUACGAGGACACCUUCCAGGACUACCAGGAGAUGUUCAUCCAGUUUGGCUACGUGGUGCUCUUCUCCUCGGCCUUCCCGCUGGCCGCCAUGUGCGCCCUGGUCAACAACGUCAUCGAGAUCCGCAGCGACGCCUUCAAGCUCUGCACGGGGCUGCAGAGACCCUUCGGCCAGCGCGUGGAGAGCAUCGGCCAGUGGCAGAAGGUGAUGGAGGCCAUGGGUGUCCUGGCCAUCGUGGUCAACUGUUACCUGAUCGCGCAGUGCGGGCAGCUGCAGCGGCUCUUCCCCUGGCUCAGCCCCGAGGGGGCCAUCGUGUCCGUGGUGGUGCUGGAG